AAGCGCAAAACAGAAGAAAAAAAACUUUUCGUGUGUUUACUGUUCCAUCCUGUGCAAUCGGAGUUUUGCCUCGUACAAAAACCCUGCCCCGACCAUGUCCAUCCCGCGGAUCAUGGUGUUCCGGCCGUCCUGGGAGGAGUUCCAGGACUUUUCCGCCUACAUCAACUACAUGGAGUCGAAGGGCGCCCACAAGGCCGGGCUGGUGAAGGUCGUUCCUCCGCCGGAGUGGGUUCCCCGCAAGCAGGGGUAUGACUUGAAGAAUAUCAACGUUACGAUCAAGGCUCCGAUAUCGCAGGUUGUGUCCGGAAUGCAGGGGCUGUACCAGCAGCUUAAUAUUCAGAAGCGCUCGAUGACGGUGCAGGAGUUUUACGACAAAACUCGCCAGGAACGGCACGCCACUCCGAAGCACUUUGACUACGAGGACUUGGAGAAGAAGUUUUGGAAGAAUGUGACUUACGUGGCGCCUAUUUACGGCGCGGAUGUGCCCGGGAGCAUUACGGAUCCGGAGAUUAAGACGUGGAACAUUAAUAGUCUGGGGACGAUUCUGGACUAUGUGAAUGCGGAUUACAAUGUUUCGAUCGCGGGCGUCAACACGGCCUAUCUGUACUUUGGCAUGUGGAAGACGACGUUUGCGUGGCACACCGAGGACAUGGACCUGUACUCGAUCAAUUAUUUGCACUUUGGAGCGCCGAAGACGUGGUACGCGAUUCCGCCGGAACACGGGAGAAAGCUGGAGCGGCUUGCGGAGCGAUUCUUCCCCGCUAACUACCAGGAAUGCAAGGCGUUUUUGCGGCACAAAAUGACGCUGAUCAGCACGCAGAUGUUGAAGCAGAACGGAAUUCCGUUCAACAAGAUUACGCAGGAACCGGGCGAAAUGAUGAUCACGUUCCCGUACGGAUAUCAUGCUGGGUUCAACCACGGGUUCAACUGUGCCGAAUCGACCAAUUUUGCCACGGAACGGUGGAUCGAGUACGGGAAGCGAGCGUCGAUUUGCAAUUGCAGACCGGACAUGGUCAAGAUUUCGAUGGAAACGUUCGUGCGAAGAUUCCAAUCGGAGCGGUACGACAAAUGGUUAAAGGGAGAGGACUUUGGAUACCAUCCGGAGGAUCCCAACAAUUAUUGUGCCGCCCCUAGGCCGAGAAGUUUACCAAAGAAUAUCAAAAAAAUGCAGGAUCAAAUGAAGGACCAAAAGCGGGGUUGUGCGCCCGUCAAAUUGGACAAAAAGAAAACCCCGAAAAAAUCCGACAAACCGAAGGAGAAGCUCAAAUCGAUCUGGAGCAGGCUGGAGGGCCGCGAGGGAGGCAUCGCCACCAACCUGCUGCUGGACGGACCGGUGAAGAACACGAACCGAAUUCGCUUCCAAACGCGAACCAUCAAACUGCUGGACGAUUGACGGCUCGGUGGACUAAACGUAGCUCAAGUUUGCUAGUAUUAAGUUAGUGCAAUUUUAAGGUUAAGUCCCAUCUUUUAAUUCCUUCCCCCCGUUUGCCCUCCCGCGAACAAUAAGAAAGCGAAGCCCCCCUCCCGUCUCUAGUCCUGGGUGGAGAUGUUUUGCGAUAUCCGCGCACGUGUUCGAUUUUAAACAGUUUGUUUGUAUCUUGUACGAGUCGCGGCUCGUAGCUGUCCGGAUUGCGCGGCUGAUCUCAUCUCUACAUCACGUCGAUAUAUUUUUUUUUACGGAAUGUAAAUUGUGAAUUGAAAAUAAACUUUUAAUGCGUUUAGUUUGAAGUGAUAGCAAAA